CGCUGUCAUAGUAGGUACUGCACCCGGAGUGUAUAGCAGAUGGACCGAUGUCAGCCCUCUGGUUACGAAUGUCCCUGGUCAACUUCAGCAGGCCUUCUCCACUGAGCGGGAGGCGCGCCGGGCCUUCGAAGAUGCUCGAAGAAACGGGAAUGUCCGCAGGGUUAGGAUGAGAGCUGCUGGUUCAGAUAGUGACGAUGACGACGACGACGACGCACAUUACGCGCUCCUGGCAAGUACAAGCUCUGCCAGACAGUCGGACGUGCGCUCGUUGCAAAGGGGCCAAGGAUCUCGGGCCGCGGCGAGCGUACAAGGCAAUGGCGGCUCCUCCGGAGCGCACAGCGCGAGGACCUCUGGAUCUUCUUCGCCCAGAACCGGCGUCACCUUCGACGUGCCCGACCCGUCACAAGUGGGAGACGCGCCGCGUGUCCCUGCGAUGACCGCCCCAGGCACGCGUGGUACCGUUUCGAACAGAGCACCCCGGGGACCGUCGUCUAUGGGUAGCAGAUCUCUAUCAUCUCCUGCAACUGGAGUGUCGUACGAGAUCACUGAGUCGUUGCGCGCCGUCCAGAUUUCCACUGCACACACGCGUAUCAGUGAAAGUACAAGCCGUCCUCCAAGCGCAGAGCCUCCUCGCAUGGCCAGGGCCGAAUCUGCGCCCGCGGCUUAUCCCGACGACGUUCAAGGCCCGAUAGAUGUUACCGCCCCUCGUCCCCUUCGCCCGACGGACUGGUCUUCUGUUACGGGGGAGGCGGCGAGGGUUCUUUGGAGUCGAGGCUUCGGAAACAGACCUCAGCUGCCCGUCGUCCCUGAAGCGAGCCAUUCGUCGGGAGGCUCAGUUCCAAUGUCUUCCUCGUCACCUCCCACGGAAGUCACUCAACGAGGGCCAGCGCAGUUCGCCUCCAGCUCUGGAUCGCUGCAGCCUCGAGCCUUAGAAGCGUUUUCGACUUAUUCAGACAUAUCGUUAGCGGCUCCUCCCCCAACGCCGUCUCGCGUUCCUCGGAACACCGGGAGGAUGCAGGAUACUGAUGAGCGGGGUUUUGACGAACCUCCGUCGUUACACGCCGUGGAGGACUCUCCUAGGGAUGAGCGCGCGUGCCCGAUCUCUCGGCAGACGCGAAACAUCGCUAUCCAGGCGGAGCGACUCUCGUCCAGCAGCAGGUCGUCGAGCCCAUACGAUCCCGAGAGGCGUCAAACUAUACGCGAGGGGAAGCGAAGGGCUAGGGACUUACCGUCUCCCUCCUCGGCCUUGAGGGAGAAUAUGGCGACGGUUCCCAACUCGCCGGCUGUUAGCCUUCGUAGAGAGUACGCGGGCAAUCGCAACACCGCGAGCGUCCCGGUCUCGUUCCCGAGACCAGAGGACCAGCGCAUCAAAGUACCUCUCUCUGUCUACUGCAUCUGCCAUCCGCGCCCCGAGUAUGCCCCCAGCGACGAGCCCAUCAUGGAGUUGAAGAUCAACCAGUUUUGCAAAUGUCGUUGCGCGGCAGGAUGCGGGCACCUCAUCCCCCCUUGGGAGAUCCACGAGUGUCUUGAGAGGGAAGAUAGCAGGCAGGCGCCUCGCAACACCCUUGGUCUGGAUAUCAACCGUUUCCCGCGGGAUCCGGGUUCGAUCAGCUCCGGCCCAGGUCGGUAUGGCUUUCAGCAGUCAUCCUCAUCCUUCGUAGUGUACCCAAGUCGGGCCGAUCCUCGGUCGCCCGCACGCACUAGCCAGAUCAUUCCAAUGUCCAUGGAGGCUGCUUUCCCUCGUCCUUCGCCGCCCCCUUCCUUGCUGUCCCUUCCGGCUCUUGAUGCCGGCUCCAGAGCGAGCAUGGCGAUGCACUAAUGUGAAUCAAUAUUUCAGUCUAUAUGUACCAUUUCCAGAGACCUGGGUCGAUGUGCGAUCUUGCUUCUUCACCCCUUGCGAUACCUAUGCGAUACCUCCCGUUACGAUGCUCCGCUGUCAUGCUUACUAUGGAAAUGAAUGUUCUUGAUAUUUCUCCGGAAAUCGGUCGUGGGCCUGAACUGCAUGACCAUCAUGGUCGACGGUGGAUACAAGAUGCGAUUACGAGAGACUGAACGGACGCAGAAGC